CUUCCGGAAGGUGAGUUCAAGAUGCGGUUAUUUCCUUUCUCACUUAGAGAUGAUGCAAAGGGAUGGUUUUUGAAGCUACAACCAAGGAGUAUACGAUCAUGGGAUGAGUUGACAGACACUUUCUUGGAUGCUUACUACCCACCACACAAGACCACUAGCAUGAGACAUGAGCUCUUACUCUUCGCUCAACGCGAUCAUGAGACAUUUUGGGAGGCAUGGGAUAGGUACAAGGAUAUUUGCAAUGCAUGUCCCCAUCAUGGUUUGACUAAGUCAAUGAUGAUUGACGGUUUUUAUGGUGGUUUGUUGCCACAUGAGAGGAGGAGGGUUGAUGUUGCCGCACAAGGUUCACUUCAUAGCCAUGGUCAAACCGAAGCAUGGGAUAUACUUGAGCACUUGGGUCGACAAUCGAGGCAAUGGGAUGAUCAUGACUCUAGGAGAGAAAGAUUGAGGAAAGAUCCAUAUUAUGACACCAAGAGCACUCAUGAGACACGGGUUGCCCAAGAGAGCUCUAGUGUGGAUUAUAGAAAGCUUGAGAGGAAGCUUGAUCUACUUCUUCAAGCUCAAGAGCAUCCUACACAUCAUGUAAAGGCCGCCUCUAUGCCUUCAUCAAUAUGUCUACUUUGUGAGUCACCUACACAUGCUACUAGUGAGUGUCAUUUUGCCUCUAGCUAUCCGGAUUUUGUUGAUGAGCAUGCUAAAGCGGUUGGUAGUUUUCCAAACCGACCAAGGAAUGAUCCCUAUUCAAGCACUUAUAAUCCGGGGUGGAGAAAUCACCCAAACUUCUCAUGGAGAGAUAGUGGAGGAUCUUCUAGUGCACAACAAGGUGGUGUUUAUUCUUAUGGAGGGCAACAAGGACCACAUUCUUCAUUUCUUGGUUCUCAUGGCCAAGGGUCUUCAUUUGGUGCUUCUCAUGGAGGUUCUUAUGGUUCUCAUGCACAAAAUGCACCUCCCGGAUUUCAAAAUAGGCAAGUUCUUCAAGGGGUGCCUAAUACCACUCAAGAGCCAACAAAGAACCAUAUGGAAGAGUUACUAACCGCAUUGACCAAAUCUCAAAUGAAGACGGAGCAAAAUAUUUCGGUUCUUACACAAAGUCAAAGUUCUCUUGCUCAAAGUGUGGGAAAGUUAGAAGUUCAAAUGGGUCAAUUAGCUAGAGAGCUUGGUUCACGCCCACAAGGUGCAUUACCUACACAACCGGAUCCAAAUCCGAGACAUGAGCAAGCUAAGGCUAUUACUACACUUCGAAGUGGGAGGAUUUAUGAUAAUAAGUAAAUAAGCGGAGUUGUGGAUUAUGGAAGAAAUUAUGCGAAAUUUGAGCAAAAUGGAGUUUCCGACAAAAGGACGAAAUGGUCGACACGGUAAACCGUAGUCAAUGCCAUCAUGAGAGCGGGAUCUAAUUGCCUCCGAUAAUACAUGCGGAAGUGCAUGGAGAAGAGUGAGAAGAAACAGAAAGAAUUGAGAAGUUUACUAAAGAAUUGCAUCUUAAUUAAUUAAGUGAUUAAUUGCUUAAUUAAUCACUUGAUUAAUUAAGCCUAAUCAACCAAAGAAGGGAGGCAGCCAUGCAACGUGAUUUGUUUGAUUGGUUAGAAACCAAUCAGGUUUUGACACGUGGCAGAGCACAUUUCUUUUCUUUCUUUCAAGCUCCCACGUGCAUUCUUCUUUUCUCUUUGCUGACAGCCACACACACAGAGGUUAAUUAACCUAGGCCAUAUAUAUAUACCCCUUUCUCUUUGCAACGAGAGAAAGAGAACAACAGUAGCCGCAAGCUGAAAAAAAAAUCCCAUCAGACAUAACCUACCUCUCACAGCGCCGCACCCAUCCCCUUUCUCUCUCUCACCGAACCACCCACCUCCAACCAUUUCUCUAUAUUUUCUUCACUAUUCCACCACAAGACUUCAUCAAUUCCACAAGAUUCAAAGAGGAGCCCAAACAUCAAGAGCUUCAUAAACAUCAAAUUUGGGUAAAAGUGGGAGCCAUAAAUCAAGGCUAGCCAUAAUUGCUCUAUAGCAAUUUAUGGCUUGUUCUUGUUACUCUCUACUUC